UGAAGAAAGCCAAACAAAGGCCGUUCCACAUAUACGCAGCUUAGCUUGUGCUCUUCAGUUUGUGUCCUUUAGAAAACAAAUAGUCAGCUUUCAUCCGAAUUUAUCUGGUCAUGGAAAAACAAGUGUUGGGAGGGCUAGAGUGGAGGGUCAAUGUUCCGGACGGAACGUCGGAGUUACCAGCUCCUGAACGUAGCUAUUAUUGCAAACCUUGGUUGGCAUUGAAGGGCUUGGUCGGAGGGCUCGUGGCGAGGGUCCUGAAAUUUCUGGAGAAGGCGUGGGCAUUAGCAGUUUUGGAGCCUAAGAAAGUCAUUCAUGGCAUCAAAGUUGGGAUUGCUCUGUCCCUGGUUUCGCUGUUCUACUACAUGAGGCCUUUAUACGAUGGUGUCGGAGGAAAUGCUAUGUGGGCUGUCAUGACCGUGGUGGUGGUUUUUGAACACACUGUUGGAGCUACACUAUGCAAGAGCAUAAAUAGAGCCACAGGCACAUUUCUUGCUGGGUUACUUGGCAUAGGUGUACACUGGGUGGCAAGUCAGUCAGGAGAAAAACUCGAGCCCGUAAUUCUUGGAAUAUCUGUUUUCAUACUGGCUUCAGCAGCAACAUUUUCUCGGUUCAUGCCAUCGGUAAAAGCACGAUUUGAUUACGGUGCCAUGAUCUUCAUACUCACCUUCAGCUUAGUUUCAGUAUCCGGUUAUCGCGUUGACAAACUGGUUGGAAUGGCGCAUCAGAGAUUAUCAACAAUAGCUAUUGGCACAUCCUUAUGCAUUCUCAUCAGUAUGUUUGUCUCUCCUAUUUGGGCCGGUGAUGAGCUUCACCGGCUCAUCCAUGGGAACAUGGAGAAGCUCGCUGAAUCUCUCGAAGGUUGUGUUGCAAACUACUUCAAGGACAAUCAGAGUGGGCAUCCAAGCGAAAAAGACAAUUCCAAUAAAACACAAGCAUAUAACUGUGUGCUAAACUCAAAGGCCACUGAGGAAUCUAUGGCCAAUUUUGCGAGAUGGGAACCUGCACAUGGCCCUUUCAAUUUCCGGCAUCCCUGGAAAGAGUACCUCAAGAUAGGAGCUCUCCUGCGCAACUGUGCUUGCUGUAUUGAGGCACUCAGUGGUUGUCUUAACUCUGAAAUGCAGGCAACCGAGCAUUUAAAGGAAUAUCUCAAAGAAGCCAGCAUGGCAGUGUGCUCACAUUCAUGUAAUGUCUUGAGAGAACUUUCAAUGUCAGUGAAAACAACGACCAAUUCAUCCAAGUUACAAUUAUCAGUUGGAGAGAUGAAUUUCGCACUACAAGAACUGCAAAAUGCCCUGAAAUCUCUUCCUACUCAACUCAUUCUUCAGCAGCCACUUGCUGACGAAUCUAAUGAGAAUAAGUCGACCACUACAAAAGAACGUGCACCGCCUGUCAUUGGUGUAAUACCACUGGCAACAUUAGUGUCUUUGUUGACAGAAAUUGCGGCAAGAAUUGAAGAAACUGUUGAUGGAGUGGUCAAGUUGGCAGAGUUGGCAGAGUUCAAGGCCUCCAAUGAGGAGAAAAUAGCACAAAAUCAGUCCGCUAGCAAAGACCAAAGUUCAGAUAACCCAAGUUGUGAAGCAGAACCAUGA